GCCUCAUGACUGAAACGCAUUACCGCGAUUUCAAGCUCUUAUAACUCCUGUUGGAGUCUCACAGCGGGAUCCUUCAGAUAAUCGGCCCACUCUGACUUGGUGAGGUCCUCUGCAGACAUGGAGAGAAAACUUCAGGGUUGGAUGCUGGUUCUCCUUCCAGCUGUGGUGUGGGCUGUGUCCCCAAUGGCAGAUCUGGAAAAUAUUGCAGGAAAGUUGGUUUUCUAUCAAAUGGAAGGUAAUGCCACCUAUGUGAGAGACUCAGGAGAACUGGCAUCAGAUGUUCCCACAGAGACGAUGUUCGAACUCUACGAUCCCCAAAGGAAUUUCAGCAAAGCAAACUUUUCCUACACCUGGGAUCUGGGGAAUGGGAAAGUGAUCAAAGGGACCAAGCCGGUUGUCCGCUACCAUUACUCGGAAUCGGGGAACUACACACUGCGGCUGAAACUUGGAGCCAAUAUGACAGAUGCUGCUGAAAUCAGUGUGGUCUACUCUAGAGAUGUCCAAGUGCUUGAUGCUGUGAAGAACGUCAAGAUGAAGGGACCGUCAGACUAUGCAGUCUCUCAGGACGCCAGUUUGGCCUUCCAUGUCGAUGGAAGUCCUCCAAUGUGGGUGUGCUGGCGUUUCCUGACAAACUGUGCGCCUGACAGCUCUGAGGGCUGCACGCUGACCAUGCUGUACAACAGCACCCUGCAGCUCAACCACACCUUCACCACGGCUGGAGUCCAGUGCCUGGACAUGAGCGUUCGCAACGACGUCAGCAAGCUGCAGACGUCCUUCAGCCUCUACGUCCGCAAAAACUAUAACGCGAACCUGCUCUUCAUCUUGUCAUGUGCCGCGGUUCUUGUGGCGACGUUCUCCUUUAUUGUGGUCAUCGCCUGUCGUCCCCAUCACCAAAAAGGAUCACAGGUUGCUUCUUCCAGCAAUGCUGUGUUUUUGAAGGACCAAGACGCAGAAGAGCAAAGCAAAAUACACUUAAGUGUUUCCGCUGCGGAAAAGGGGGAGAGAGAGCCGCUGAUUUCACAGCAGGGGCCCCAAUAUUCCACUUAAAAAUCCCACUUAACAUCCAGGAGCCUCCAGACUGUCUCUGUGUGAAUUUCUUCAAGAACAUCUGCAAUAAAAAUGUUCUGCUCUGCAUAUUUCUUGAUGCUAAAGAGUGCAUGACUCACACAAAUUUGUCAUGACUAAACUCCACAAAAAUGUCUGUUCAUCUGAUCAUCUUUUUACUAAACAACUAAUUUGAUGUUAGGCUGUCAUGAAUACUGGAUUUAAUUUAGAAUGAAUUUAUUGCCAUUUAAAUUUUUGUCUAGAUCUUCUUUUCUGUAAUUUCACUUUUUAAAAUGAAUAAAGAACAUGAAAACAUUG